UAUAAAUGUAAAAUCAUCUUUCCAUCGACUCUAUGAGGCAUUCGAAUGAUGCAGAGAGGUUGUUGGAUCCAGCGGUUGGGGCGGUGUCUGAGCCUGGUUCAGCUGUUGCUCUAGCCUUCUGGCUCGCCAUCUUCGUCUCCAUCUCACAAACUCAACCAUCACUGAACUUCCGCAUAUGCAUACACCAAAUCCAGCAAAUGUUGACAGAAGAACUGACAGUACUGGCUGCAACUUCACCUGUUACCACCCAGAGGUCGAAUUUUAGCAACAAAAACUUUUGAGUUUAUAGACUGAUAUAUGAUAAAGGUUGCACAUUUAUGUCGAGUUUUGUUCGUAAGGAUCUCAAAAGUC